CUCAGUACGGGCAGACCAGUCGAGGUUACUUGAUGCACACGCACGUCUCACAUCACGACUACGUCUUCAGCCCCUAGGCAGGCCGUUCGGAGCGGUUUCUUUUCCUCCGGUGAACGUCAAACGCAUCAGCUUCGAUCACCAUUCCGGGGUCGCGCAAUUGUCUGAUCCGCGAAUUGUUUAUUUGCAAUCGUCGAGGAGUCCUGCAUCUAAACGCCCAGAUUGGAUGAUAAAAACGUCUGUCCAUAUCUGGCAGUAGCUUACCGAGUGAUCCGGAUAAUCUAACGCGACAACGUGAACGACGAACCAGGUGACAGUGCGACUUACACGAGAAUAGUGUCGAUAAACUGUAACGGUAUUGCAUCUUGCCGGUUCGAAACCGGCUGAUGGGACGCUCACCAUGAAAGUGAUCAAUUCUGGCACAUGUGACAGGCGAACGCGAUAAGCUGGCUAAACAUAGACUGUCGAGGAGAAGGUGAUCGAGAUAGACUCAUCGAGUGACGGUGACCGGACCGAUCGGGUUCUGAUAGAUGUGAUCGCCCGUGGUCAUUCAUCCGGCACGCACAAUCGUGACUUGAGAGGAUAAUGCGGAGGCGUGUCAACGUCUAGGAAUUCCACCCCCAAAGUUCCGUCACAUCCGUUUCACGGUUAAACAACCGGUCAGUGAACAGUAGGCGGUCUCGCGGAAUUGUUUCUGCACUCGCAGGCGAGAAACUUGUUCUGUCGACGCGUAAUCGCACAAAAGUGAGAGGAACACGCGCGCGCUAACAUUGUGCUCUUAUAUAAAAUUAAUUAAUAAUUGAACGGCCGAGGAAAAGGAGAAAAAGGAAAGCGGAAAUGGCCGGCGGCUUCGCUCUUAUGCGCGGCAAUUAUGUUAAGUGGCCAAUUAGCAAUUAACCGGGGAGCCGAGCCGAGCGGCCCCUUAAUUGCGCCUGGGAAGAAGGCGGUGGCGGAGGUGGAGCGACCGAGCGAACGGGAGGAAGUGCAAGGUGCAUACGCAUCCCGACGCGGGUAUCCAUCUCACGCGUCAUUUACUCCAGAUUUCCUGCGGGAGAUCCUGGCCAAUCGGUGCCCUAAAUCGUCCCCGGACUCUCGUCGCGAUCAGGAGAUCCCGAUGCCGCGGCAAGCCGAAUCCCUGAACCCCUGAAGUUGAGUCAUCAGCCUCAUUCUACCGCUGACGUCGGGCCUCUUCAUGUCCACCACGCAAUCGUUUACCGCGCAAGAGGUUUCCUGACCCUUUCGCUGGAGGACCAACGCACCCUCGCAAACUUUUCGGCCUCGGAGAUCAGUGGAGUCGGGAAUGUUGGAUUACGCGCUCACCGCACGCGCAAGAGGGGAGGAGUGAUCCGGAAACCGCGUCUACCGGGACUAGUACAGUGAAGUGAAGUUGAAACAGUGAGGGCACGACUUCCUGACGCACGGCUACGUCGUCACCGUCGGCAAGAUUCUGUCUCCCAGGUAUCGGGCGAGUCCUGGGGUGGCGACAGAGGCACCUGCAGGUGCCCGUAGCCCGAAGGAACCACCUGCGUCUACCGUGAUGACGGUCCAUCAUCAGCAGAACCACCACGUGGCCGCUCUCAGUGGCGUCGCCGUGGCCAAUAACGGUCUGAACCUCAGCAGAAUGUCCGGUCUGGAGGCGCACCGGCUGGAGAACAUCGUCGACCGUAACGGCGUGGCCAUGGAACGUCUCUCGAACGGAUUGGACUCGCGCAACAAUCUCAACAACAAUAACGGUCUAGAGAGAGGUGACGCCUCGACGACGAUGCCACAGAGAUCGAGGUUCAUGAUCACCGACAUUCUGGGCGGCGCGUCCAGCAAGAUGCACCAGUCCGGACUGCCUAGCCAGGAACCACCCGGAAGUCCACCCUCGACACCGCGGGACCUCAGUGUCAGGCAUCAGUCCAGAACGUCCUUGAACAACAGUAAUCUGGACGAGGACAGCGACGCCAGCCACCACGACGGCGCUUCCGUUACGUCCAAUGGUGGCAAAGAGGAUGAUCCUAAAAGCUCGUCCUCGAGUUCCCUGAGCUCUGCGCAGAGUAAGAAGCAGCGUAAGGCGCGCACAGCUUUCACGGAUCACCAGCUCCAGACGCUCGAGAAGAGCUUCGAACGGCAAAAGUACCUAAGCGUGCAGGACAGAAUGGAGCUGGCGGCGAAACUGCAGCUGACGGACACGCAAGUGAAAACGUGGUAUCAAAACAGAAGAACGAAAUGGAAGCGACAAACGAUCGUGGGUUUCGAGAUAAUGGCCGAAAACAAUUUCGCCGUGGCCGCCUUCCAGCAGCUGUACGGCAGCGGUGCCGCGACCAUACCCGCGCAUCCUGCCGCAGGACGUUACUGGCAGUAUCCCAGCGCGCACACGUUGCCCGCAAACGGAUUCUUCUAUCAGCAGGCGUCGGCUGCGGCGACCCUGCAGAAACCGCUUCCGUAUCGCCUGUAUCCGCCGACGAUGAUCCUCGCGGGACCGAGCAAUCCUCUUGGCUCGCUGACGGCGAGCUCAAGCCUGUCGUCCCUCAGCAACUACUACAGGGACAACCCGGAGAUGGCGGACGGUCGGGAAUCCUCGCGGAAGAGGGACAGGAGCAAGAGUCCGGAGGGCACGAGGGACAGAUCGCCGACGGACAGAAAGCCGGCGCGGCUGUACUCGUUGCCGAUGAUGCAGGCGGGUCCCAGCAAUCCCCUUGGCACCCUGACUGCAGCCUCCAAUCUCCCGAACGUCAACAACUACUACAGAAACAGCCCGGAGCUGGUGGAGGGACGGGAGAGCAUGGACAGGUCGCGGAAGCAGGAUAGGAGCAAGAGUCCGGACUCCAGGGAGAGAUCACCGCUGAGGAAGGACGCCAGGGCUUAUCCCCCGAUGAUCCAGGCGGGUCCUAGCAACCAUCUGGGCGGCCUCACGCCCGGCGCGAGUCUACCGAACUUGAACAACUACUACAGAGACAGUCCGGAGAUAGUGGACGGAAGAGAAGCUAUGAAUCGGACGCGACAGCGGGAGAGAAGCGAGAGCCAGGACGGAUCGCCCAUGAAGCGGGAGGACAGCCCUCGGAGCAUAAGGGCUGACAGCGACGAGGAGAGCAUACAUGAUAUCUAGGGCACGGAGCUCUCUGGUAUCGCUAAUGGAGCAUCGGGAAUCUCGCACGACAGCGACGAGAACGUCAAGGCUGUCCAUCGCGAGAAUUAGAACGCGAGAUGACGUAAUUUCCUCACGGCAACGAUGACGGGAGGACCAGCGAUUUGCAGAAAGUAGCGUGUGGAGGAAGAUCGAUUCCUUUGAAGAGAUCCUUGCAGCUAUUGGAAUCUACAAGAGCACCUGAGGGAAAUGACUGGGUGUAAGAAACCAUUAGAAGAAGUCGAGUGCUGAGCAGUUUCUUUCGCACCAAUCAGUCACUCUUGAAAGAGAUAACGAAGUCGCUCAAACUUCAGCGGCUAUCGCGCUAAAAUCGCGGCGAGUUGCGGCACAGAAAUUGUUCAGGUCGCUUCUCGCGUGGAACACUCGUAGAUCGACGAUUCGGACGUUUGCGUUAAUCCAGGCAAGCUAUACCGUGUCCUCGGGCAUCCGCAUCAAGCCAUCCAAAUUGCGCAGCUAUUACUAGUACAACCGAAGGAGCGAGCGCAACUGACGUAACGAGACUGUUACGUUCGCUGAAGUGCACACGAGCGUCGAAGAAGGUCCUUGUAUCGCAUGUCGUACGACGUCGUCGCGAUCGCUAUCGGAAUCUUGGCGAAAGCGAUUCGUGAUUCGCGAACUCGCGAGAUCCGAAACGGAGUCGCACGGGAUCGGACGCGAAUGGAGAACGCACACCGCGGCCGAUUUCGUGAGGUAGAACAGGAAGUGACAUAGCACGGGACGUCCGGGAUUUUGUAGAUAAUGAGAACGGGCAGGAAGUAUCGUGCGGUUAACCGAACUUCGUGAUUUGAGCGUCCAGUGAAUGGCGGGUUACCGCGAAGCGACGUAUUCAGCGCCGCGAUGCGAUCAACGUGUAGAACGGACGAAACUAAAAACCCCGCUGUCCGAAUCGCCGUCCCGUGGACAGACGCGACUGUUCGUUGCUGCUCUCGUUCGUCGUUCGUCGUUUCCGUUCUUCCGUGCGCAGUGCACGAUCGGUCCGUUGCUCGGUCACUUGCUUCAUGUAUUUUUGCAAGAAUGAAGUUAUUUAUGCCGACGCGUUUUAUUCUGAUCGCAAUUGUCGUUAAUUAUACACUGUGAUAAUUAUUUAUUUAAUUGAGCUCCGGGGAGCCGUCGACUAAUUUCGCCGCGAAUCUGUUCUCUUCCACGCUCGUAAUCAGGUUACAUCGCGAUAUUACUGUGCGUGCAGCGCGCUCGUUUUUCAGACGAUCGAUUAUUGAGGGUUUCCUUGCGGAAUGUUGUAAGCUAAUUUGUACGAGCGAAUAACGCGCGCUGUCGCGCUGAACAACUGAUUUCGCUGUGCCAAAGACUCGUGUGUUUGCGUUUUAUUUCCUCGAUCUUGCAACAAUCUUGGAACAAAUUCUCCAAACUCUCGCUUCUCUGGCGCGUGUAGGGGGACACAGGUCUACAAAGAAACCAGUCAAUACCCACGAGGAAAAACGAAGAACGAAAUUUGUUUCUCCACAUUUCUCAUGUGCAUUUGACGCAAGGUCGUAAUCGCAUUACAUAGAUCGACAUGGUCCGUUCCUAUAGCGACAAGACGAGGAAACCAUACCGGUCAGAAAUCCGGUUCGACGGUCGAUCGUUUCGUGCCGUCGAGGACGGUUUCGGUCGCGCCAGGAAACGAGCCAAUCGCGGGCGAACGCGAAACUACAAUUAAUAUGACAUUAGAGGGGACCUGGCCGCGGGGGAAGAAAUCUAAAAUGACACGAAAUUACACGCGGUCGCCGUGAACGACAAAAAAGACCGUAAGGGGUAGAAGAGGGCGUCAUCGGGGCGGCAUCGAACGAAGAUAGGAGCGAGGGGGACUGACUAUUCAAAUAACCGACGUUCUCUCGUGUCGGCGUAGCGAAACCGGCACUUUGCCCACCGUUUUUCCACGGCGGACGAACGAAAGAACGAACAAAUCGGCCGGUCAAUUAAUAUCGACGAGACAACGAGAUGCGAGCGACGGGUCCGAAAAUUCCACGACAGCCGCGACCAAUAAUUUGCGAGGAACGACAGCGUUAUAGAGGCUUGCGAUGUGUCUCGGAAGGAAGGAUUAAAAACCGACACGGUGGAAUAUCGGUUGGUCUGUGGAGAAUACGUGGCACGCAGGAAAAGAUGCUCGUUUCACACGUCGAUUGAGUCUUUGCACGAGGCUUCUUUGCAGUCUCGUUAAACGACACGAUGAUACGCGGUUCGCACGAUAAACGACGAUGACGAUGCGAUUGCGUGAAACGGCGAUUACAUGUUUCUCCACGAGACAAUCGCGCGAAACGACGUUUCCGUCCUCUCUUCGGACGGGAAUUAUCCUGAACUUGUACUUUAGAAAUUGCUAGGUUUUUCUGCGAGGAAAAUCACGACGAGACUGAAAUGCAACUGGCACGGGUAGAUUAUGUACUAACGAGCGGGGAAUCUCCGAGGCACGAACUGCUCGUUAGUUUCGCGGAGAUCUUCGCGAGUUGUCGAUAGAUCAACCGGUGGAGAGAUCAGGUUCUGAAAGAUCAAGAUCGAAGCUCGGAAAUGUUUCUCGCCGGCGAGGCCGGCAAACACAUUUAAUUUUGUACGAAUCGAAUAUUCGCUCACGGAAUUCUCGUAGCAGCGCGUCAGUUCAACAUGAAUGAUCCCGCGAGUUUCGGCUCGUGGAAAUAAAUCGCGGCAUUCUACUUGUAAAUAUACGCAUAUUCGGGAGCAUGCGCGACGGAAAUGCGAAGCUGUAAAUAUGCGACGAGAGUGACACGAACGACGAAAAACCACGAGGGUGAAUGAGGGACGAGGAAGGGGAGGAGUCCAUAGGACUCGAGCCAAGAUACGAGAUGUUUCAAAGUAUUUUUCAGAUUUCAGUAUACGUAGCGUAACGCGAAGCACGUGCUCGAGGGAUCGGACGGAUCGCGUCGGGAGAAUCGCGCGUGCCUUUUUCCACGCCGCGCGUAAUCCUGCGCGUUCCGCUUCCGCCGGUGGACGCGCGGCGGAUUUCGACGUCUCGAUGACACGGACGUGGCGCGUUCGAUAAGAACAUACCAGUAUUAUGAAUGUAUAAUAUUAAAAUUAGGCUGCACGAUGCGCGGGCGUCGUACGCGACGCGUCGUCGGGACUCCGCCUGGAAAGUCGAUCCACGGCGCGUUCGCUUAGUAGCUAAGUAACGCAGCAAGAAGUACUUAGUAUGUAUGAACCACGCUUUGUAAAAUAAUGUCUGUAUAGCGAGAAUUAUUAUAUGGAAAAUAUAUUAUACUAAAUUUAAUGG